UGGCGAUUAUGGACAGAUGGAGCUAUCGGCCUUUGAAGCAAACGUUGAAAGGAUUUGGUGAAUGCGCUUGGCCGUGGUUUGUUUUUCCGUUUGUCGUUCUGAUAUUGGACGCCCCUUUCUGUUUUGGGGGCAAUUUCCAGGUUAAUGACGCUCUUAUCUCAAGAGUGGUCCGUCCUCGGUUCCUUUGGCCAAUCGCCAGAAAGCACCAUCCUAAACCCCCCAUCUCCAAAGCAGAAUUUUACGCGCAAACACAACGUCACCUCAUCGAGCAAGCAGACUUUGGCCAUCAAAAUACCGAGAACCACAGCGGUUUUCCAUCAAAAAAGUCGGACACUCUCUUUUUCAUGGUGUGCUUUAUGAAUUAGGAUUUUUUUCUGGCGGAUUUUCCGCAGGCUUUAUGCCGUACCUAUCCCCGUUUUCCGCCAUGGCGACCCGCAAAGUCCGAUACAAGAAACUCAACAUCAAAACACCCCUACCGGUCCUACGUGAGGAUCAGAUAGAUCCGUCUGAGUAUGAAUCACUGGCUACCGAGACCCAGAUCGCGACCGGAGUCGAGCAGGCUGAGGAAAAUGAAUACCACUUGCAAGCCGCCUUAAAUGGUGCCGGUGCGAGCGCAGCAAAUGAGAUUCCUGUGCCGCCACCGGUAGCAAGCACGCUUGACUAUGGCGAGCUUUACCCCGUUAAUUUCUCAAAGACAUCCGCCUACAUUCGGUUCUCGCAGACUGUCGAGGAAUGUAUCGGCUGUCCGUACGACAUGACCGAGGACGAUGAUGUCUUCUUGAAGUCGUACAACCAGAAGCGAGCCGCUUCGGCUCAGCUCCCCGAGGAUGACUUCGAAAUGAUCAUGGACGUAUUCGAGGACACGGCGUACAUCAACGCGCCAUUCGCAUCGGUAGACCAGACAAUAGUCCCCUAUGACGAGAUGGUCCAGGGGCUGCAUGAGCUGGGGUCAACCAAGCUAAUGUCCUACGUCAAAGACAUUUAUGAGUAUUGGAAGUCGCGCCGUCAGGCCUUGGCAAAUCGACCGCUGCAUCCGACCUUGAAAUUCGAGACUCAUCAGGAUAGUGAUGAUAUGGACCCUUAUGUUUGUUUUAGGCGGCGAGAAGUACGGCAGACUCGGAAAACACGAGCCCGAGACGUGCAAAGCGCCGAGAAGCUCAAACGUCUGCGCCGGGAACUGGAAGAUGGUCGUCAGCUCAUCGUAUGCUCCCAUGAGCGAGAGGUCCUGAAAAAGGAUAUGCUCGACACCGAUCGCCUCAUUUUCGAGCAGAGAGCUCAGCUCAAGGAGGCCAAGGUUCGUUUGGGUAUCAAGACCGACGACGACGAUUUGGUCAACCAGAAGAAGAGGAAGCCGGCAGACGCACAUCCUGCUCGGCCGCCACCUUCCAAAGAGGCUCGUCUCAACUUGUUGGUCCCCAAUGGUCGCUCUGUGGAGGCAGAUCUGCCACAAUUGGCCGACAGGAUCAGUGAGAAGGAGAAUGAGUUGCGUGCCGAUAUCGAGAUGAAGGUCCUGAACCACAGCAAGUGGAACCAAAACCACGUGGAUCUCACUCGAGACCCACUAUCGCCGGUCAAGGGACAGAUGCCAGAUCUGAGCUUCAGGGCGGCGCAGACUCAGUACCUGAUGACACCCCCGGCGUCGGCAUCGUCCGAGCACGUGGAGGAGCCUACCCCAAUGGAGUUGGAUAGACCUGACAAGGCGCCGGUCUUCGCCUUCCGGGGACUCCCUCAUGACGACCCGUCGUCGAGCGACGUGCCGGCGUUCCGUCGCCGUAUCGGGCGUCUGAAUCGAUUAUGGAUCGACCGCCGCGGCCUGGCAAGCCCACCCCGAGAGCAGGGCGAGUCGUAUUCGGACCGUUGGAAAUAUGACCAACCCUCAGACGAGGAGGACGAGCAGCCUGUGUACGAGGUUGAUCCGUUCGACACGCGGGCGUUGAAAUUCCGAGCCUCGAUCCCGCUGUCGAAUUAUUUCAUGAACCGCGGGAAGCCGGUACCGCCAGAAUUGGUGACAUCGGCCCGACAAGGGCUCCCGCCUCCACAGGCUCAACAAUCUCAAGCAUCGGCAAGAUCUUGAGAUACCCCGGAGUUGUGUGUGUUGCCCCGUUGGCAGCACUACUCUCGUGUAUAACCGCCCUACUCCCAAGUCUAUUAGCAUUUUAGCGAUUCGGCCGGUAAAGGAAUAUGGCCUGGCAGGGGCGUUUGGUUGUCGUUUAGUGUAGAUAUAAGAAGUGUGGCUCGUGUAUAAGGUGACGGAGUUGGCGGCUCUCUCAAGGUUCAUCGGAGGCAGAUAAUCUGCUCCUUCUCCUUUAAAUGCGGCAUCCCGUGGAGGGACUAGUCCUAGGACCUAGAUGCUAAGAUGCUCAGAUUAGCAGCAGCACAUCCAUGAGCUUCAGGCUCUCGAUGAGGCGGGGAGGAGACAAAAACAAUAAAAGAAAUAAGCCCC